CGCUCCACUCUCUGCGAUUGUUGCUGCGAGCUCGUGCAUGCUGAUUGCUACCCGCGUUCGCAUGCAACGGCGAGAAGCAGCAAUGCACUGCUUGUACCGGGUCCGACCGCGAGGCACUGCUCCAGAGCAUGCGGGCCUGCGGUAAUCCUCGCUGUCAUGGAUCACUUCUCGCCCGUCGCGGGAGCCCAUAUCCGCGCCCUCGUGCUCCCGGUAGGCAGCAUUGAACGCGAUCGCUUCUUGCUGUUCGUUCACAGGCUGCAGCGAGAAGCCAGCCUCAUCCCUCUCGCAGACGUCGCUCCGUAUGCCGCCGACGAUGGCCACCUCUUGUCACCCAAAUCCUCCAAGCAAGGCUCGCUGCUCUACCGCUUCUCGCCCUCGGCUCCCUCCGAACAGCUGCUGCAGCUAUCGCCGUACGAAUUGUUCCGCGAGCCGCUGCUGGUCAUUGGCGUAGUAGAUGGAUUGACAGGAGACGAGGAUGCGCAAAAGAAGGAGCUGGACGGGGCAGCUGCAUAUCUGAAGGAGCGUCAUCCACGUGUUGUUCACCGACAAUUGGUUGUGCUACAGCAGGAAGACAGUGAGAGCACAUCGAGCAUAGCAAAAGCAGUCACAGUGACAGACAUCGACACAUUCCAUCAUCCUUCGUUGCGAGCAGCCAUUUGCGACAUCUCGGCACGCUUUUUGGUUGAGUUUACCACUUACGCCAAAGCACUGCAGGCUUCGCCCUCCAUACAGACUCCAGGACAGACCGCUCGCAGCUUGCAGCGUUCGAACUCAAUUCGCGAACAUGACAAUCGAUCCAACUCGGGCAUGUCCAGCCCAGCAGACGAGGGCAGCCCGUCCAGGCCACCACCAAAGGCUCCUCCACUCCCGGCUACCUCGUUCGAUCAGAUACCGAGCGCGAACGCCAUGCCGACCACCCGCGACCGAUCGGACAGUAGGGGAAGCAGUCAAAGCGGGCCUGCCAAAGCCAAAGGUCACAAUCGCAAUUCGAGCAAUGACCGCAUUGCCCUGCAAGGUUUUGGCUCUGGUGCCUCUGCCGAAAAGUCGCGUGCCAGAGGCAAAGCACGUGUGGGCAUUGUCCUCGCCUCGAUCUAUAUGAUGGCUGGUCGCUGGAGCGAUGCCUUGCCCAUGUUCGUCGAGCACACAAGCAAAGCUCGUGCGUUGUCAGACCACCUCUGGCAUGCCAAAGGCCUCGAGAACUCCAUGUUGUGCUUGUUACUGCUGGCGUGGGCGGGGAUCGAGUUUCAGGUGCCUUCCAUAUGCGAUCCUACGACUGAGCGUGCAGGAUCGUCCACGAUCGCGCGCGCAAGUAUUGAUGCACGUCUUGCCGCCGAAGGGAUGCAACGACAGAUUGUUCGCUUGUCCGUCGCGCUCCCCGAUCUGUGCAAGCUGAUUGUCAACCUAUACCGCUCUCAUGAAGGAGCUCUGGAGUUGCCUACCAUCGUCCCGGCCGAAGCAACAGUACGUGUGUCCAAGCUGCUUGCGACUCUUGGGGCCGCACGAGGUGAGCUGUCGCCUUCCAGACUGCAGUCGAUCAUGGUCGGCCACACUGGCCAAAUUGGCGGACAGGACCAGAAGCCCAUCAAGAUCGUGCAGCCUCUCGGACGGCCACGACCUUAUUCCAGGAUGGCCAUCGCAGAGCUACUUGCUCAAGCACAGCCCAGUACCGACGACCCCCUUCCAGCUGCAGACCAUGUUCGUCUUCUUUCUGGCAUUGCAGCGGCAUACGAUAUGCUUGGCCUUGAACGGAAAAAGGCCCUCACAACGAAAGAUCUAAUCGCUCGGCUGACACAGGCCUUACUGCAAGCAAGGAAGCUCGGCGCUGCCGAGAUGGGGAUUCACCCCGCUGCAGCGCUGUCUGUGGAAUCUGGGUCUGAGUCAAUAUUGUCUUCCAGUGGUGAGAUGCGCGGCAUCAACGAUAUGAUUGCCGAGCUUUGCGCAAUAUAUGGUGCGAAAAUCCUUCCCGCAAUCCGGCAAGAGACGCCAAUAUUUGCAGACAUCAGGAGCUAUGGCAACGACAAUCUGAAAAGAGAUUUGUUGAAAGAGCUUGCUCACUUCAGCGAAGCAUCACCAGAUCCGCAUGGCGUCCUGGCACUCACAGCAUCUCUCCUUCGUGCUGCAGGCCCCAACUCAGCUCUUGAUGCAGGGACCAGUGACAUCGCGAAUGCUUUCUCGCGCGAAGAGCAGAUGCAUUACGCUACAGUGAUCAACCGGACAGUCGCAGUGUCCAAACAUCUCGGCCUUACAGAUGUUCAUGCAGUCUACUGGGAUCCCUUCCUCGUACGCAUGGUGCAAAUUUUGCAGCCUACUGGUAAACGGACAGUCAUCGAUAGGACGAAACUAAACAUGGCGCAAAAAGCUGCCAACCAGCCAAUCGCGCCCGGCAAUCCGCUGCUCUAUGAUCCCAGCGCAAGUAGACCUGGCACUGCAGCGCAGGAAACAUUCCUCCUUGUCGCAAACGAGCCCUCAGAAUGCAUCAUCACCCUGCAGAACCCUUUCGACAUUCCCGUCGAUAUUGAGUCACUCGAGCUGAUCACUGAAGGCGCAGAGCUUGCUUCAGAACAUCAGCCGACAACACUUGGGCCAUUGAGGUUCCAGCAGGUCACGCUCAUGGUAACGCCCAAGUCCGUUGGCAUAACAAAGAUCACUGGCUGUUACAUUAAAUUACAAGGCUGCUACCCACAGGUAUUCCCAAUCGUUACGACUUCUUGGUCAGCCCAGGCCCCACUCACUGUGGAGGACCUUCAGAAGCAGUCGCAUCAGGGGUCCGAUAUGGAAUCAAUGGAAGCGAGGUUGAAGAGCCUCGGCAUUGAACCGGGCUACGUCUCUGCUACAGUGAUAGACGAUCUUCCAGUCUUGCAGCUGGAGAACACCGCAGCAUUAGAAUCCGGGUUGAUGCUGCUGGAAGGUGAAAGCAGGUCCAUUGAACUGAUUCUCCGCAACACGAGCAACAUCACAGCGACAGUCUUUGAAGCCACGGACACUGCCGAUGUCCUCCAAAGAGAUGACGAGCACAAACUCAAAUUGCGAGGUAUCAGACACAAACGUUCAAAGUCCUUCUUGCCCACAACAACAGUAGCGCCUGGAGAAUGCACCACUUUCAAGUUUCGAGUCGAAGGCAAGGCUGGCCUCUCAAGCACACAGGCCAAUUUCUACUACCAAGCAAGCAACAACCUCAACGGGAAACAUGCCCGCGUCGUUUCCGUCCCAGUAAUCAUGACUGUCAAUGCUGCUCUGCAAGUGCACAAUCUCGAAGUCCUGCAACCCGGCCAGCACGAUGACCCCUCCGCGCUCCUCGUGUCAUUCGACAUCCGCAACGCAUGGCCAAAAUCUGUUCUGUAUGAGUGCUUCGAGAAGACUGCACGUCGACUCGAAUGGCGUCGAGAUGACACUGAAGGUCCUUCUCAAGACAUCCAAGAUGGCCAACUUGCGCCUGGCGAGAUCAGGCGUGUCUACCUGACCCUUCAGCAUGACAAUAGCGCGCUCGAGAACUACGAAGAGGAUUCCGAACUCGCUCGCACACGGUUCCUAGAACAAUUGCAUGUCUCCUGGCGAGUGGAAGAACACAGUGGAUACGUCGACCUUCUUGGUCUUCCACUAUCAGAGCAAGCACUGGACCUCGUGAGAGGAGCGCCCGUGAGCGUGAGCACCAGCAUGGUACCAGACGCCAAGGACAUCUCCGUUGGAACCUACGUCAACAUCACAGCCACCGUCCGCGACCGCUCUCGGAAACGGAAUCUACUCCACGAAGAGCAAGAACUUCUCUCAGUCGAGCUCUCUUCCUCUCUCGAUCAACAGCAAGCUUCACGAUACUUCGCUUUCGCAGGUAAUCUGAAGAGGGUUGUAUCUCUGAAAGCACCGAAGACACCAGAUAUCAGGAUAAUGAGCUCGGAGGAGUCGCCUGGACAUGCGCCGGAUUCUGCUGUGGAAUCUGCUGCUGCAGAGACCAAAGCUGACUUCGUUAUCUGUCCGCUCUUGAGGGGCAAGUUGGAUUUCGAAGUCGUUGUGAGGCCUGUUAGGAUUGGGAGGAUGAUGACUGAGGGGAUGGGUCGUGAGUGGAUUGCGAGGAAGGGAAUGCUGGUUGAUGUUGCGAAAGCAUUGUGAGAUCAAGUGCACGUGUGACAUAUCCAUGGUGGCAGAUUAAUGCACAUAGCGGUCAAAAAGGACGUCGAAGUCGAAUUAUAUGAAGGGUGUCCAUGAAGGGGUCCCAGGACUAUCAGACCAAGAAUGGGGAGCCUAGUUCCAGGACCUCGGUUUCGGAUCAGAUGGCCGAGCUUACGCCCACUGCACCACAGCUGCACAGCAAAUUGUUUGACAUUGCUACAAACAGUCAUCAAACAACCCAUACGCCAUCAAGCCAGCUACUGAUCGGUCAAAUUUGUAGCAA